CGAAAACGUGACAUGCCCGUGUUUCAACAGUGAGCAGCGGAAUCGCAGAUGAAUGGUAGUGAAGAAGGCAAAAGAAAGAGAUGGCGUCCAGCGGCGGUUUUUAACUGAUAAUAGGAAGGCGAAUCGGCAGGCCAUGAUUACCUAUUUGUGGAGAUCGUGCCCAGAUGUCACGCGGAACCCAAGGAACGGCCCGGAUCCCCGCUGGAGCGCCCACGAGGUGCUGGCGGCAUUAAGGCCCAACCGCGAGGUUGUGGUGGAAGAUGUGGCUGGGGGACCCAUAGGCGAGAAGGCUGGACCUGCGGGCUCUCAGGGAAAAAAGAAGAAAGUGAGGCGAUCCCAGAAGAAGAAGGCGACCAAGCCUAAAGGGAAGGCCAGAAUGGAAGAUGCGCUGUCCAAAUUGGACGAGGAAGGCGAGUCGUCCUCUUUCGAGCGGAGGUCUGCUUUUGACCGCUUGGGAGAACCCAAGUCAAAGAAGCCCCGAACCUCCACGUUCGAACAGUUGCAAGACGCCCGGUCAGCCCGCAAGGGCGACCUGAGGGAGACGCUCAAGGAGAGGAGAGCAGAAUCCACAGCGACCUCCAAGAUCGGCUCAGAGGAGCAACGAAAGGCGGUCGAGGAAAAGGAAGCUGUAGAGCUGUGGAAGAUGUAUGAGCGACUGGAGAAGCGGCUGGACGCCCAAAACCCCUACCGCCAGGCGGUCUUUAGUGAGGUAACACCCUUUUCCAGGAGGAUAAUGUCCUGCCCUCUCCCGGACAACUUCAAAACACCACAGAUCAAGGCGUACAACAGGACGACCGAUCCCCAGGACCACCUUGCUCGCUUCAGGGCGAACGUGGUCAUGUAUGCGUACCCAGAAGAAAUCAAGUGCCGAUGCUUCCUGAUCCGGAAGGGAGAGCAGCUCCGAGAAUUCAUUAAUAGGUGGGAGAAGGAGGCCAGGGACGUCCAAGGGGCGGACAACCUAGCCUUGAUCACCAUGCUCCAAGCUGCACUCCCCCAAGGGGAUGUGCGCAAGGAGCUGCGACGGAAUCCGCUCUCAACCUACCAGGAGAUGUUGCCCAGGGCGAAAUACUUGGCGUUGGAAGAAGAAGACGAUGAGCCACCCGUCCGAAAGGAGAAGAAGAGCGGGCCACAGGUGGCGGAAGGAAAGAAAAGGAAAGAUUACGGUAAGGGGCCGAACCCCACCGGAUAUCAUGCGAACAGACAUCCUGUUCAUGCGGUGCAGUCUUUGCCUGCCCCUCCUCACAACUGGGAAAGCUAUGGAGAAGGGCAGGAGGAUGGACGACGACAUCUAGGGAGAGAUUGUGACGACCUAGAUGAAGAGGAAAGACAGGGCCGCCGACACCUAGGGUGUCGGUUCAUCAUGGGAGGUAACACCGGAGGGGAUUCGGUGUCCUCACGGAAGAAAUGGAAAAAUAUGGUGCAUUUGGCCGAGGUACAAAGGCCACCGCUACCCAAGCGGAAGAAGAAGGAACCUCUGGUUUUCACGGACGAGGAUUACCCACCAGUCCUCAGCCCCCACAGGGACGCACUGGUGAUAAAGGUGGAGAUCAAUAAUGUGGUCGUCCAUCCUACAUUGGUCGAUACUGGCAGUUCAGUCAACAUUAUGUACAGCAACACUUUCAAGGAGCUAGGGUUGUCCCGGAGCGACUUAAAGCCAAUCCGUACCCCACUGUCAGGGUUCACCAGAGACACCAUUGAAGCAGAAGGAACUAUCAUGGUGAAAGCUGGGGUAAGAGAUGGCACCCACCGACUCUGGCUCGACAUGGAAUUCAUGGUAGUGCACCUUGAUUGUGCACACCAUUUGAUUCUGGGGAGACCAGGGUUGGAGGACCUGGAGUGCGUGAUCUACCCCACCCAUCUGUGCUUGAAGUUUAACACCCCCACAGGGGUAGGAGUGGCUAAAGGGAACCAGAGCUUAUCUCGACCGUGUUACGUCAGGGCGACCAAAAGCCAAGCACGAGUAGACGAGAAUGUGAGCACGAUCUGUGCUGCAAUCCAGAAGGAAGAGGGGCGACCUCGAGCUGAGCCAGCGGACGAAAUUGAAGAAGUCACCUUGGAUCCAGCCAAGCCAGAACAGAAGGUGAAGGUGGGUAAAACUUUACCACCUAGGUUAAAGGAACAACUGCUGGAGGUCCUUCAAGCAUUCAAGGUGCUAUUCGCUUGGGGCCCAGAGGACAUGCCCGGGGUCUACCCAAGGAUCAUCUUCCAUAGGUUGGCAGUAGACUCGACCCACAAGACAGUCAAGCAGAAGAAGCGUUUUCUUUCUUCAGAACGAAGAGAGUUCAUCACCAAGCAGGUGACAACCCUGCAGUCCAUUGGGCACAUCCGGGAAGUCCGCUACCCGGAAUGGGACACCGUUCUGGAGUUGCUUAAAGCAUUUGGGGCGUACCGGAUAGAGCAGGUCCCCCGAGAAGAGAUUGCUGAGGCGGACAUCCUGUCGAAGCUUGGUCCGGAUUCCCCAGAACAUAUCAAGGCAAUGACCCAGGAAGAAGAGUUGCUCGAGCCAAGCAUCAGUCCCGGACAAGUGCUGGUCGUUACGCUCAAAGAGCCGGAUUGGAUCGAUAAAAUUACCAUGUACAUCCUUGAUGGGUCGCUACCUACCGACCCAAUCGCAGCAAAGGUGGUGAAACGACGUGCACCUAGCUACACGCUGGAGUGCGGUCGGCUGUACAAGCGGUCAUACAAUGGGCAACCAGCGACGAAUUAUACCCCGAUCAGCACGGCGAUUCCCUUCGCUCGGUGGGGUAUCGAUCUGGUCGGCAUUUUGCCCAGUGGAACAGGGAACAACAUGUACCUGGUGGUCCCGAUCGACUACUUUACUAAGUGGGUCGAGGCCGCCCCCGUGCCGACCAUCACCGAAGAACAGAUGAGGAAGUUUGUAUCCAAGCAAAUCUUGUGCCGAUUCGGGGUACCCCAGCAGAUCAUCACCGAAAAUGGAACCCAGUUCGAGGCCAGGGGGUUCAAUGAGUUUCUACAAAGCUGGGGUAUAAAGCACAGAUAUGCAGCGGUGGGGUACCCCCAGACCAAUGGGCAGGUUGAGAACACCAAUCGCACCAUUGUAGAUGGCCUGAAGAAGAAGAUAAUGGAAUGUAAAAGCGCCUGGGUGGAGGAGUUACCUUACAUCUUGUGGACCUGCAGAACUACCCCAAGGAAGGCUACGGGUGAAACUCCGUUCUCGCUUACAUAUGGGUUUGAAGCAAGGGCUCCAGCGGAGACCUCAUUGCUGAGUUAUAGAGUGGAGACAUUUGACGCCCAGGAAAAUGCAGAAAACUUAAGGGCAGAACUGCACCUCGUUGAUGAGCGAAGAGAAAGGGCGUACAUAUGAGCGGAAAACUACCGCCGGCAAGUCAAGUCGUAUCACGACCAACGGGUGCGACCAAGGCAGUUCAGAGUAGGCGACUGGGUCCUUAGAAAAAGGGAGGUCAGUCAGCCGACCGACGGGGGGAAGUUCGUAAAGAGUUUCGAAGGGCCGUACAUCAUAAAGGAGACGUUGGCCG